AAGGGGCAGAAGCAGUGAGAGUGAGAGAGAGGGAGGCCGCGGCCGGCCGCCGGCGAUGCUGCAGCUGCGGGACUCGGAGGAGGGUGCCGGGCCGGCUCUGCUGGUGCCGGCGGCCGAGGCCGACGUGCCCUUCACGCCGCCGGGAGACCUGGAGGCCUCGCUGGCGGCGGCCCGGCAGACGCUGCGCCCGCUCCUCGUCCACAACCCCACCCGGGGGGGCCGCCUGAAGGAGUACUUCGUCUUCCGGCCGGGCACCAUUGAACAGGCGGUCAAUGAGAUCCGGGUGGUUGUGAUGCCCGUGGAGGACGGGGAGGUUCAGAGCGUCUGGCUGCUGACCGAAAUCGACCACUGGAACAACGAAAAGGAGCGCCUCGUUCUGAUUACCGACCGCUCCCUCCUGAUCUGUAAAUACGACUUUAUCAGCCUUCAGUGCCUGCAAGUGACCAGGAUCUCACUCAAUGCUGUCGAUACCAUUUCCACGGGCCAGUUUGAAUUUCCUCCCAAGUCGCUCAACAAGAGGGAAGGCGUCGGGAUUCGAAUCCAGUGGGACAAACAGAGCCGGGCUUCAUUCAUCAACCGGUGGAACCCGUGGUCCAGCAACGUGCCGUACGCCACCUUCACCCAACACCCCAUGGCUGACGCCGACGAGAAGAUUGCGUCUCUCUGUCAGCUGGACAACUUCCAAACCCAGCUAGUCCAGGCCGUCAAGAAAGCCCACAGGGAGUGUCCUCUCCCGGGCCGGGCCAACGGCGUCCUGCUCCUCGAGCGACCACUCCUGAUCGAAACCUACGUGGGGCUCAUGUCUUUCAUCAACAACGAAGCCAAGCUGGGUUAUUCCAUGACCAGAGGGAAGAUCGGAUUCUGAAAAAAAAGCGGCAGUCACUGUCGCCUCCCCCCGGAAGAGUAUAGGGGAGAGUAAAACAACACCAGUCAAUUUUUUUAUUUUUUAGUCCCGGCUCGCCGAAAAUCUCACCGAUCCCUCGCAACGAGAGGCAGCCAUAGGGAGCCAUUCACCAUCAUACCGGAAAAUCACAAUCCAUUCCUUUCGGUGUGUCUCAGAUGAGAUCAUUGUUAUGUUUUCACGCAUGACUUUUCCCCUUCCCGUGUCGACAUGUAACCUAGGUUUCCUUCAUGCGGGGUGGCUAAUUCUUUCCCAUGAUUUCAAGGGAUAAUCGUUGAGAGUCGCUAAUUUUUUCUCCCCGUAAUUUCAAUUUUGGGCGGCUCGUAAGUCUCUUUUGCGUUGCAACUCAUUCUUCCCCUGUUCUGGCGAGUCAGCACACCUUACGAGUUGUCGUGGCCGGUUCUGUGUGUGUGUGCCUGGUGUUUAGAGAACUUUUCCGUAGGCAAAAUAAAAAAAGUUGCGCAAAGAACCACUUCUCACGCUGUGAAAUUCCACACAACAGCGCUCGUUUCCUGUGGGAUUCCGUGCUACGCAGGAUCACGUUUUUUUCUGCAUCAAGCAGGGUUUUUUUUUUUUUUUUAAAGGGGAAUUUUCGAUCCGCUUGAAAGAAAAGACGGUGUUUCAGUCCAAAGCAGGGUACUAAAAAAAAAAAAAAUCUACCAAAGCAUGGGUGUUGAAAGGAAGAACGUGUAGUUUUAGUUUGAAUUGUCCCAAUUUUCUCUCUCGGUUUCAAAUCCGACGCUUAACGUGGGGUGAAUCCUGAGGCGGAAACUCAAAAAAGGUGGGAAAAUUAAAAGUAUUGCUUCAUCCAGGCCCCAAAAAAAUCUUCAGAAGAGAGAGAGAGAGAAUAUUGGAAGAAAAUCUACUGCCACAUGGGGAACAAAUCAUUUUUGAAGCAUGUUUCGUUUUUUGGUGUUUGCAGUUUUAAUUUCUGCAUUCCUUAAACUGGUGUUUCUCAAACGGGGACUUGUUAAGACAUCUGCACUUCAACUCCCAGGAUUCCCCAGCCAACAUGGCUGACAGGAAUCCUGGGAGUUGAAGUCCAGACGUCUUAAAAUGGCCCAGCUUGAAAAACACUGCCUUAAAAACUACCGAGAACUGAAAUUCUGCUUUCCCAUACUCUGGUCCUCUUGAUACCUCUUUGUAAUUCGGCGUUGUCUCUGUUCACAGUGCACAAAAAGGUGGUUGCUGGGAUGACGCCAGAUAUAUGUCCUUGUUUGUGUUACAAGUUGUGUAUACUGAAGCUUAAUAAAAACAAGUCCAUA